AUGGCGACUUGUUCGGGCGUCACGACGUGUCUGUCCGAAGGUUCGACCGAAUGCGACCUCACCUCGGAAACCUGUCCGCCGUGCGUGUACGCGCUCACGGGUGGUGAUUACUCGUGCUACAGCCGUGACACGUCCGGCGAAUGCCCCUUUUCGGGGACGUACGCUGAAUGCGAUCAGAGUUCGACGUCGACUAACAAGAGUUCUAGCAAGAGCAGCAACAGCGGUGAUACCACCCCGACGCCGACGACGAAAACGCCGGCUAAAACCACAGCGACCCCGACGGAGGCUCCUACGGAUGCCCCGACGCCAGCUCCCGAGACGCCGGUACCCGACACCGCGGACAACACUAACAGCCAGACCAGUACUGAUGAUUCCUCAACAACGACUAAAGCCACUACGGCCCCGUCGACUCCAACGAGCUCGGGUGAUUCGGACGCGACGCAAACGUCAUACACGCCGUCGUCCGCCAGUGGCGCCGAACAGGCUCUGACGAGCAACUCGUCGACCACAAGCGGAUCACCGAAAUUUGUCACUCUGGGGCUUAUCGGUGGAGCUGUGGUGCUUGUAGUGAUAGUGAUCGCGUUUGUCGCCCGUCGGGUGAUGAAGAAAAAGAAAAUGUCGGCUACUCAAGAACACACGGUGUCGUCCGGACACAACAGCGCGUGGUCGGACAGAACGCUGGGUACAGGCACCUCGGGAGGCAACUUGUAUUCCACGUACAGCUACAAGGAUGAGGCCGGCAAGGGUAACGGCAUCUCGAUGCUGUCGGACUCGCAGGCUAGCAGCACGUACGGCCAGGAGAGACCGACGGCUGACUUUUCCAAUUAUGGCGAACACUCGCAGUACGCCCAAAACUCGCAGUACGCCCAGAACUCGCAGUAUUACUCCGACUACAGCGUGAGUACAGGUCCCGAGCUCGUGGCUGCCGGCGCGGCUGCCGGUGCCGGUCACCACUACGCGAAUAACAGCGGGCCGUCGACCGGGGGAGGCGGCAAUUUUGUGGACGUGACUGCGUCCUCAACCACAAUGAGGCAAUCGGAGCUGGACUCGGUUCGCUCAGGACAACAACCGUUGACCGUGAGUCAGCUUAUGCCUACAGCUAUCAGCGAAGACGAAGAGGAGGCGUACGCUACUCGACGGAGACCUGGAAACCAGCAGUACGGGGGUGCACAACCUGCUUACAACAUGUACACAGCCAACGCCGUGCCUCCAAGCAGUAGGAAGCCCCAAGUCUUCGGUGCUUCGACAGCUAGCAGCAUGAGAAGCGACUACGAUAUCGUCGACCCAAUCACAAUGCGUGACGUGGAGCAACGCAACACCGAGAUGCUGGCGGAGGAUAGUCGUUAUCCAAAGUUCUCUUUCGAGUCGGAGGCUUCAUCCGCCGAUAUCUACGAUGGGGAUUCGUCCGAAGAGGAAAGCGACGGCGAGCGAGCGCGACCGGGAGAGCACAUGAUUUGAGACGUCAAAAAAAUUUGUCAAAUCCGAUGCUUCCGUCGUUCAAGUUUCUCAAAAUUGUCCGUCCCUGUUUCGUCGGACUCGAUUGCAGAGUCUCCGUUUGCAUCCGCAACGUUGGUAUCCUAGCAUUCCACUUGUGGGAAAUAUGAGCACACCGUCGAAAGAGAUGACGGAUCGAGAUGAACAACGCUAUCGUCAAAUUUAUCUGCGGUAGGAAAGUUUUUGAGUAAGGCCGAAUAAAUUCGUG